CAGAUGCACAUCCUGUGGACCUUUAUCCCAUGUCCAGCUUGAAUCCAUGGGCACCGGUGUUCCACGGAAUGUUGACAAAACAGAAGAAUCACAGAAAGAAUCGAGUUUUGAAAUAAUUCAAAAGCUGAACAACAUGGAUCAAAAGCUGGAUCAAACCUUGAAUGAACUGGCAAAUUUGAAAGAAAUUGUUAAAAAUUGUCACUGCCACUCCACACAAGCAACUGCUACGAAAAGCAGUGGCAGUACAGAAACAAAUAAUGUGGAAGAGAUAGGAAUCACGGUCAGCCCUGACGAACAAUGUUCAGAGGCAAAGAACUGUGUUCCAAACUUGGAGAAGAAACGCUAUCCAAUAAGGAGAGCACAAAGGCAAAACAACAAAGGUGCUCCGUAUGCAUAUGAGUGAAUUGAGUGCAUAUGAAUUUCCAGAAGUUAUUUUUCAGUUGAUAAAUUCAAAGUUGUUGAAAAAUCAUACAUAUUUAUACCAUUUUUAGUUCUUUUUCAUUUAAAGUGAUCAUUGUGUAAAAGAAUUGUGAAAAUCAUUGAUGGAGGUUUAAAUACUUAAAUAUGUGGGCAAAAUUUAAAAUCCAGUUGUUUUUAGUCCUGUUAAGGUAACUUUUACGCAUCUAUUUUUG